UAUGAUAGCUUUUGAGCAUCAAUUGCAAUGAGUGAAGCUGAUGAUAGAAACGAGAAUGGUGGGGUCGAAAAUGAAGUAACCUCUUUUUCUCAACUCGGAAUCAAAGACUCUAUAUGUAAAGUUUGCGAAGAGGUUGGCUGGACAGUUCCGACAAAAAUCCAACGAGAAUCGAUCCCCCAUUCGAUCCAGGGGCGAGAUGUCAUCGGUCUGGCUGAAACUGGAUCGGGUAAAACUGGAGCCUUCGCUCUUCCCAUCUUGCAAGAUCUGUUGGAGAAAGGUCAGAAGUUGUUUGCUCUGAUUCUGACUCCGACGAGGGAGUUGGCGUUCCAGAUCUCGGAGCAUUUCGAAGCCUUGGGCAGCUCAUUUGGAGUGAAAAGUGUGGUGAUUGUGGGAGGUGUAGACCAGAUGACUCAGAGUCUGCAGUUGGCUAAACGGCCUCAUAUCAUCAUCGCAACUCCCGGUCGGCUGGUUGAUCAUCUAGAGAACACAAAAGGGUUCUCACUUAAGACAAUCAAACACCUGGUCAUGGAUGAAGCAGACAGAAUCCUCAACUCAGACUUCGAAAAAGAAUUAGAAAAGAUCCUAGCAGUUUGUCCGAAAGAACGAACCACUUAUCUAUUUUCAGCAACGAUGACCAAAAAGGUGCAAAAACUAGAGCGGGCAUCGUUAACAGAUCCGAUCAAAUGCGAAGUCAGUUCAAAGUAUCAGACAGUUGAAAAACUAUUGCAGUACUAUUUGUUCAUACCUUCAAAGUAUAAAGAUUGUUAUUUGGUCUACCUGGUGAACGAACUUCAAGGUCAAUCAGUCAUUAUAUUUUGCGCCACUUGUGCUAAUACACAGAGGGUUGCGUUAUUGUUACGUAAUUUGGGCUUCACAGCUAUUCCUUUACAUGGUCAAAUGAACCAGAGUAAAAGACUGGGGGCGCUGAAUAAGUUCAAAGCGAAAUCCAGGUCUAUUUUGUUGGCAACUGACGUGGCAUCACGUGGUCUGGACAUUCCUCAUGUGGAUGUUGUGAUCAAUUUCGACAUUCCUUCACAAUCAAAGGAUUACAUCCACCGCGUGGGUCGAACUGCGCGAGCAGGCAGGGCGGGUAAGGCGAUAACAGUGGUUACACAAUACGACGUGGAACUGUACCUUCGGCUAGAACAUGACGUCAUCCAUCAGAAGCUGCAGUUGUACCCUGGAGUGGACGAACAGGCGGCCAUGCAGUUUAUGGAGAGGGUAUCUGAAGCACAGGUAAUGGCCAAGCGACAAAUGAAAGAGCUGGACGAGAAAAAGGGCGGCAAGGGGAGUAGGGGUGCGAGAGGAGAGAAUAGUGACGACGAGGGAGACAGUGAAGCAGUAGUUGGCAACUUCAAGGUGAAAAAGAAGACCAAACUGGCCUCAGGCGGCGGAGGUGGAGGCGGCAAAGUGACGAAGAAAAAAUUCAAGAAAUGACAAGACUUAUUUGGCUUCAUUGUUUAAUUGUUUUCGAAAACAAUUGUUGUGUGAAUAAGAUUUAAAAAUCA